UACUCGCUUAGUAGAUUAAGAAAUGUCUCUCACUUUGUCAGUAUCACAAUAUCAGCAAUCAAAUAAACAUGAAGUUUCUCUACGUUUUCUUACUUUUAAUAAUAAAAGAACAUUCAGCUCUAGAUUUUGAAGUUCAUACCUUGCAAAAUAAAACAAUUCACAUCAGUCAAGAAAAGCUCGAUUGGUAUGAAGCAAUUAGCACUUGUGAGGAUAAUGGAUUGGAAAUGGUUACUAUUAAGUCAAAGGAGGAAGAUAGAGCAAUUCACCAAGUGAUUAAGGAUAUGAAUUCUGAAAUCCUAAUUGGUGGUUUUCGUUUCGAUCGGGAAGAUAUUUGGCGAUGGGAUAACGAUAGAACUGCUCUGGAUUAUACAAAUUGGGAUAGUGGUGAACCGAAACAAGAAUCCAGUGAUGAACCCAGAAUCUACUGUAUUUUCAUGAAGCCCAGUGAUGGCCAUUGGAAAUCCAAAUGGUGCGCAGAGGAAGCUAUUUUUAUUUGCCAAAACAGUGAUGAGAAUUCUAAAGACUUAGAAAUAUGAAUUAUGUUUAAUUAAACUCUGUUACAAGUAAAAAUGAAACGAUACAACUCAAAAUCUGUAAAAUAUUUUAGUAAAUUAAUUUUUAAUUUUUAAAAUCGAAAUACAGUGCAAGAUAUUUAAAAUUGGAAUGUCGUAAUUUAAAAUAAUUAUUUUAGAAUCUGAAG